CUGAGAUAUCCCAACAGCUUUCCUUGACUUGAUCUCCUUCUCUCCAUUUCUACUCCUCAGAGACUUUGACUCACCUCUACCCAACAAUGGUUGACUGUGGUCCAUCCUGCGCUGUCCCAUCCUGUGCUUCCACUCCCACUGUUGGAUUUGGAUCAGCAGGAGGUCUUGGUUAUGGGUAUGGAGGUCUCGGCUACGGAUAUGGAGGUCUCGGCUACGGUUAUGGAGGUGCUGAAAGAGCAACCAACCUCGGAGUCCUGGCAGGAGUUGCUCCAUCAUGCGUCAACCAGAUCCCACCAGCAGAGAUUGUGAUCCAGCCACCUCCUUCCGUCCUGACCAUUCCAGGGCCCAUCCUCUCUGCCAGCUGUGAGCCCGUGUCUGUUGGAGGCAACACUCCAUGUGCUGUUGGUGGUUCUGGGUUGGUAGGAGGCUAUGGUUAUGGCGGGUGGGGCCAUGGAGAUGGCUUCCUUGGAAGCUCUUGGGGCUAUGGUCUGAGGAGGGGUGGCCUCUUUGGAAGGAGGGCUCUGCAGGGGCGUCGUGGCAGCGUGUGCUAUUAGGCCUAUUGAACUUGUGAAGAAAAUCUGUGUGAUGAUGAUUUGAAUGACCCUGAAUGGGUGAAGACCAUGCCUAUCCAUUAUUGAGUGUCUCACCAUGGAUUCUGGAAAAUCUGAGUUUCUGGGACCGUCAUCUAAGCCAACAGCAUUUGCAUGAGUCUCUGCCAUCUUUCCUUUCU